UUUUUGUUAUUUGUAUUCAUUUUGAAAAUGGCUGAUCUUAAUAAAGAAUUGAAUGAAUAUCUUCUGAAUAACAAAACCGAAAAACAACAUAAACUACCAGCUCUACCAACGAUAACAGUUUUAAAGCCAUCAUUAGAAAAAUGGUUUAAAAAAUCUUCAGAACCAAAAUCAGAAGAAUCUAGGUGGACAGAGAGUGCUCAAAGUUGUUUUCCUACUUUGACUAGACUUCAGCGACUUACUGGAUUUGUAUUAUGUAUUUUGAUGGGUAUUCUUUGCUUCUGUUUAUCAGCUAUCUAUGUACCUGUACUACUUCUUAAAGCCAGAAAGUUUGGUCUUUUAUAUUCAUUAGGAAGUUUAUUCAUUUUACUAAGUUUCACAUUCUUAUGGGGACCUUUGAAUUAUUUUAAAUCUUUAUUCACCCCUGAAAGACGUUGUUUUACCAUCUCAUAUUUGCUAACAUUAGGAGGAACACUCUAUUGUGCAUUGCAUCUGCAAUCAACACCACUGACUAUAUUUUGUGGAGUUUUACAAAUAAUAACAUUAUUAUAUUUCUUGGUGAGUCAUAUUCCAGGAGGAACUACUGGACUUAUGUAUUUUGGAAAAUUAUUCAAGUCGCCAGUUAGUUCAACAUUACCUAUAUGAUGUAUGUUUUAAAAGUAUAAUUUUUUAUCAUAAACUACAAAAGACUGGUUUAAUAAUUUAGGGAUUAUUUUACAAAUUUAUCUAUAAUUUUAGUGAGCAAGAUUAAAUUUAAUAUUAAUAAUGUUAACUAGAUAAUUUGUAAAAAUGUAAAUAGC